UCUUUCGCACGAAUAACAUGGUGGUAGCUCUUCGUUUGGUGGUAGCGCCGUGUGAAAAGUUUAUAUUGUUUGUCUUAUACGCCUUUGUUUACGUGUCCAACUUCCAGAUAGGUUUUAAGUAGAUAAAAUUAUAAUCCUGUCGUUUAUGGAAAUUAAUGUUACUGUCUCCAAUAUACAGUUUGUGCAUAAGAUAAAAUAUCAUAACCGGGUGAAAUGAAUAACGGGGACGUCGGAGGAUCCAGAGGCAGAGGUCGUGGAUGGCAGCAAAACGAUAAUCAACCUCGUGAACUUCGCCGACCGAAAACCGUUGUUGAAGUUGAACCAUCAAAAUCGAAGUUGUCUGCUGAUGCAAAAGAAUGGUACCCACCUAACUAUGUGCCACAGCCAGCGACAUACACAGACCCUUCGCCCUACAGGCCCCAGCGCUUCUCUGUUCAAAGCAGACUACGUCAAGCGCAGGAUGUGAAUCCUUACAGUUAUGAAGAAAUGUCAUUUGCACUUGAAGAAUUUGAAAAUGCGGAUCUGCGGGAGAAUCUUGCCAAUUUGAUUACUGUUAUGUGUGAGAUAACAUUUGAACCUGGCAAGUUUGAUACACUGUGUGGACCGUUAGUUGACUCUUUUGUGUCAACAUUACAUGAUGUCAACUAUACUAGGCCUCUUGUUGAAGCUAUUGUGAAUCAGUCAAUUGCUGAAUCUAAUUUCCGCUACAAUGGGGCAAGACUCUGCUCGAUGUAUGAUUCAGUGUCGCCACCAGAAGAGUCCAAGUUCCGCUCUUGUCUUUUGGAGCGUUGUGCCGCUGAGGAGAAUAAGAUCAUUAGCGGAGUCGAGACAUCGGAGGAGAAUAUGAGAGGGUUUGCUAUGUUCCUUGCAGAGAUCUAUACCCAACUGGAGGACAGCCAGGGUGGACGCUUAAAAUCUUUAGGUGAAAGCCUCUGCAAAGUGCUUCUUCAUUUGUUGGACACCGACAAAGAGAUCAAUAUCAAAGCAGUGUGUCAGUUACUUAAAUUGUCGGGCAUAGCGCUGGACGCGGACUGCCCGACAGGCAUGCACGCGGCAUUCGAGCGGCUGCGGAAGCGCUCCUCGCUGCCGUGCGUACGCGGCGUGGUAGCACUGCGGGCGGCGCGCUGGGGCCUCACCGAGCCCGACAGAGAGCCCCAGCCGCCGCACAACCCCGCCCCGCAAUCCGCACCUAGCGCCCACGAUACCAGGCGACGACAACCUAACAAUAUAUAUAACGGUGAUAUGGAAGGAGGGGCGAACAACGAGGGAGGUUACCUUGCCGACGGGCACACGCUCACGGCGGAGGAGUGCGCCUUCCUCCAGAGCAACCUGCCGCCUAAGGCUGCAGCUAUCGACGAAGACAUACUAGACGAACUAGAAAACGACGCAUGGGAGACUGGCAUGGACGCCGAGAUGCAGGCCGGUUUCCUCGAAUUUCUUAAGAUGUCCAAUCAGAUCAAACGAUAACCACACUUAUAGUAUGCGACUACUGUUACUAACUAAACAAAGUCGCAUCAUCACUCUACCACAGGAGAAGUGUUUAAAAGUAAUAAAAAAAAUUAUAAAAAACUUGGAAAAUAAUAAAAAUAUCUCAGUCGCAGACCAUCACUUUAGAAGAAUUAGUAUUAAUUAGGAUUGGAAUAGUGAAGCGAUAUGAUUAGAGACCAUACUAUCAUUUAUGGAAGAGAAUAUCAGUUGUGUGAAAAUCAUAUCUCGGAACAUCUGGUUGUGUAUUCAGCUCCUUAUUUGUGAUACAGCAAAGUGGGUGAUCGCAUUGAAUUGCAACGUAAGUAAUACUUCCAUUUAUGCAUUUGUUAGUAAUAUCUUAAAGUUUAAUGUGACAUAACCAAAAAUACUGACAUUUACUGCCUUUAAAUGAAUAUGUUGUAAUAUCAAAUACAUAUAAAAUAGGUGCUCUUUUAGAGUGAUUAUUGGAUGUUAAAGUUCUAUAUUAUUUUUUAUUCUCAUCUAUACGAGCCAAUUAGAAUAAUGUAUGCAGAUGUCAGUGUUUUGUUUUAUUUGCAAUUUGAUUUGUACAUUUUGGUCUGCCGCUGAGUAGAAUAAAUUCAUAAUAACAUGCGAGCAACAUUAAUUACUUUGGAUAAAGAUUUUUUAUUUCGUCACAUUUGAAUCAAAUAACAUCAUCAUAAAAAUGAAAAUAACUGAACUGGAAAAAAAUCUAAAAAAGAAUGUCAUGUAAUUGGGACAAAAUAAUCAGGCGUUUUCAAAUGCUUAUUUAAAAAUUGAGAAAUAAAAUAUGUUUUUAAAGGUCCGUAAUGUUAUUUUUCGUAUGAUACUUUAUUUGUAUAAUUUGAUGAAGGAAUUUGUUUUCUUUGUUGUAUUAAUUUUAAAGCCCAAUUGUUUACAUUUUGUCUGUACUUCUAGUUAUUUAAUGAUCUCAUUUUGUAACUGUUUCAAAAUUCUUGACAAUAAAUAUAAAAUUGCUUACAAAAUGUUAUAGAAUAAACUGCAUAAUAAACACAUUAUAGUCAGAUAUAGAACAACUGGAAAUCAAAAUCCAAUGAGGAGCGUUUAAUGUGUUUAAGUAGUGUUAGAAUUGAUAUUCUUUAAAAAGCAAAGCAAAAUAAUGCACAAAAAAA